UUGAGAGGAUUCAGUGUGCGGUGACUCGGGCGGAGUCGGCUUUACUGUCGGGAAACGAGCUCAAUCAUUAAGUUAAAGUAUUAAAAAAAAAAAACACUCAAUUAGCGUGUUGAAAUUUAUCUUACCUCUGGAUGUUACUUCGCCAAAUACGCGUCGUAUGAGGUGUGUUUUAUAGCGGUUGUGGUGAGUGGAUUUGUUGGAGAGCUGCGUAAACUGGAGUUACGGGAAGCGAAGGAGAUUUUCUCGGCCCUGGUUUUCAUGAACGGGCACUUUACAACUUACUAAAGUUCGCAGAUAUACUUCAGCUGCUCUCUAUUUUCACCAUUCCCCGGUUCGAGUUACUCUGUGAGAUUCACAGGAUAAGGCCUCACACAGAUGGGAAAAGUGUGUAUAAAGCACCUUGAAGGUGCACCUAAUCAUUGGACUAUUAGUUUUACAUAAUCCACUCAUCCUUAGAGACUACAGUGUGUGUGAUGUUAAUAAAGGCUUAAAGUUAAUAAAAAAACUUUUUUUGACUCUAGCCUCACAUUCAAAUAUUGGUUCAAAGAACCUUUGUACAUGAUCAUUAUCAUUUUUGUGACACCAAAAGUUUGAGACGACACCAUCAAAAUGAGUGCAGAAGGAUAUCAGUACAGAGCGCUGUAUGACUAUAAGAAAGAGAGGGAGGAGGAUAUUGACCUGCAUGUAGGGGACAUUCUUACAGUCAAUAAAGGUUCACUACUCGCAGUUGGUUACACUGAGGGGAUGGAGGAGAGACCAGAUGAAAUCGGAUGGCUGCCUGGCUUUAAUGAAACUACUCAGGAAAAGGGGGACUUUCCUGGUACGUACGUGGAGUUCAUCGGCAAGAAAAAGAUUUCUCCACCAACUCCCAAACCAAGACCCCAAAGGCCUUUACCGGUGGCCCCAGGGCCCGCAAGGCCAGACUCGGACUCUGAGCAAAGCUCGAGCGCUCUGGUUGACCUGACGGAGCAGUUCACACCUCCAGAGGUAGCACCGCCCAUGCUUCUCAAGCUCCUCGAGGCCAUCGAGCGGAAAGGUCUAGACAACCCUACACUCUACAGAAACUUCACUGCUGGAGGAGGGCUGGAUGUCAGACAGUGCUUUGAUAGUGACCCUGCCUCGGUGGAUCUUGAGCAGAUGGACCUUCAGAUGUUGUACGAUGGUCUGAGGAGGUAUCUUCAAGAUCUAGCUCAGCCUGUCAUCCCCUCUGUGGUCUACAGCGAGAUGAUACGCAUUGCUCAAGAAGUGCAGGGUACAGACGAAUGCGCACACCACCUGCGGCUGGUGGCCAGCUCCUCUGCACUUCCUCCGCAGUACUGGCUGACCCUGCAGAGCUUGCUGCGCCACUUCUCCCGUGUAUGCCAGGCCUCAGCUGCCAACCUGCUUAGUGCUCGUGCCCUCGCUGAGAUCUUCAGCCCGGCACUCUUCAGACAACAGACCACCAGCUGUGAGCCCAGCCCAGAGGCACACAUUCGGAUAAUUGAAGUCCUGGUGACCAGCGAAUGGAGUGACAGUCAGGCGGCUCCAGCACUACCUCCCAAGCCACCCAAACCAACGUCUGUCACUAACAACGGUAUGAACAACAACAUGGCUCUGCAAGAUGCUGAAUGGUACUGGGGGGACAUCUCCAGGGAGGAGGUCAACGAAAAGCUUAGGGACACUGCUGAUGGUACAUUUUUGGUCCGAGAUGCCUCCACUAAAAUGCAUGGGGAUUACACACUGACAUUGAGGAAAGGAGGUAACAACAAGCUGAUCAAAAUCUUCCAUCGUGAUGGAAAAUACGGCUUUUCAGACCCCCUAACCUUCAACUCUGUGGUUGAGUUGAUCAACCACUAUCGGCACGAGUCUCUCGCCCAGUACAACCCCAAACUAGAUGUGAAACUACUGUAUCCUGUUUCCAAGCACCAACAGGAUCAGGUGGUAAAGGAGGACAAUAUAGAAGCUGUUGGAAAGAAGUUGCACGAAUACCACCAGCAGUACCAAGAAAAGAACAGAGAGUACGACCGACUCUAUGAGGAAUACACUAGAACAUCACAGGAAAUACAAAUGAAAAGGACUGCUAUUGAAGCUUUUAAUGAGACCAUAAAGAUCUUUGAAGAGCAGUGCCAGACGCAAGAACGGUACAGCAAAGAAUAUAUUGAGAAGUUCAGGAGAGAAGGCAAUGAGAAGGAAAUCCAAAGGAUAAUGGUCAACUAUGAGAAGUUAAAAUCGCGCAUCAGUGAAAUUGUGGACAGCAAACGUCGUCUUGAGGAAGAUCUGAAGAAGCAAGCGGCAGACUACAGAGAGAUCGACAAGCGGAUGAACAGCAUUAAGCCUGACCUCAUCCAGCUCAGAAAGACCAGGGAUCAGUACCUCAUGUGGUUGACACAGAAAGGGGUCCGACAGAAGAAACUCAACGAAUGGUUGGGAAUCAAAAACGACAACCAGGACGAUCAAUACUCAAUGGUGGAUGAUGAUGAAGAUUUGCCACACCAUGACGAACGCUCCUGGAAGCUGGGUAACAUUAACCGCAUCCAGGCAGAGGCCCUGCUGCGGGGCAAGAGAGACGGAACAUUCCUGGUCAGGGACAGCAGCAAAGCUGGAUGUUACGCCUGUAGUGUUGUUGUGGAUGGUGAGGUCAAGCACUGCGUCAUCAACAAGACACCCACAGGAUAUGGCUUCGCUGAGCCCUACAACCUUUACAGCUCUCUGAAAGAACUGGUCUUGCACUACCAGCAUACGUCCCUGGUUCAGCACAAUGACUCUUUGAAUGUCACGUUAGCAUACCCAGUCUACGCACACCAGAGGCGGUGAGGACUCGUGAACACACCCUUGGGACUCGUUACAAACACGGGAGUAGAGAAAGGGCCUCCCCUCGAAUGGAGACGCCUCCAGUAAGGCCGCUACCGAGGGCUGCUUUUUGCCUUGAAACGACCAUGUCGGAAAGCCAAGAAAGCAAAACCCAAAACGAACAUUUCAGCCACUGAGACUUUUGCCAGUCUGAAUGUAGUUUUCUUUAUUGAGCGGAAACUGCUAAAAUUGAACUCUCUCUCCCAAAAUGGAGGACUUCGGAGGCCUUUUCCAAAUGGUGCUUGUUCAUUUCAAAGCUUUACCCGCUGCUGGAAUGUGGAACAUUGAUUAAACCUCUAGAGUGCAUCUUUUUUACCUCUUCUACCCCCCGACCUGCUCUGUGCAGGUCCCCAUUUGUGUGUGUGUGUGUGUGUGUGUGUGUGUGUGUGUGUGUAUGAGAGAAUGUGACCAAAACUCAAACUAUCUGAAAGCUAUCGGGAUGUUCGACAUGUUUAAUUUUCAUGAACAGACCGUGGAAUCAGCUGAUCAAAUGUAGCAAGAUGGCACUUUCGAAACAGUAUCUACUUGUUUUCCUGUAAGAGACUCCUACACAAACAUUGAUAUGACACGUCUCGCCUGAGAGGAGCAGCGCGACGAGAAGCGAACGAGAUGCUUGGCAUUUCUUUUGUGAGCAUUAUAGUGACAGACUCUAAAUCCAUUUCUGCUUUAUGGACUGGCAAGAAAGGAACUAAAACGGACUUCACGCUGUACAUACAGAUAGCAUCAAUAGCUAUGACACAAAACCAUAUUGUACCAAAAACGCAGUUCCUUCUCAGUUGUAUUCUAAUCUGCUAUGCAAAUUCUGUAUUUUCCAUCUUCUCUGCAGAGUUGUGAUUUUAUUUUACAUGUUGCUACCCAUAAUAUAAACUUGUUUUUAUUGCAUAAAGUCUUUUUUUAUGUAUCUAAGAGGAUAUUUUAGGUGUCAAAGCACCAAGAAGGGUGGCUUCAGUUUUACAGAAGAAGUGUGGAAAAAGUACUUUAUUACAUAUUUCUUUAUCAGCCGCUAGUAAAAUUAAAGAGAGAGUAUUUUAUUAGUCUUUUUCACUUGGAGCUGAUUUUCUCUUGGGCAGAGCCUGGAGGACAUUAGUGCUGCUUCUGUCUACAGUAAUGGUGAUGUAUAUCUGAACAUUUUCACUAGAACAAACAUAAACGAAUAAACAAUGACGUUUGAAAUAACUGCAAUUGAAUGAUUAAUGUCAUGACAACAUAAUACUGCAGGUUCCUAAUCCAGUAUAGAGGUUUAUUUUGUGAUAUCUUUCCCAUAAUCGAAAGCGUAUCGAUUUGAUCCUCUGGAAUGAUGAACAAAAAAAAAAAA